AAGAGUGAGCCAUCUCGUUUCUACAAAUGACACCAAAAUUGACACAAAAUUUGUCAAAAUACCGUAUAAACAUAAUUGCCUCUAUCUCCAUUGUUUCUUUUAUGUUUUCAUCCGUCUCCCCCGGGUUUCUUUUAUCCACAGUUGACCAAAUUUUACGGACAUAACCGUUCGCAGUCGAUCGCCACAAUCGUUAACAAAGUGUCCUAAGAAACUGUCUACAAGCAAUCUUUAAAAACAAAACUCGACAAAGCAAUACACCUGUGUAAAUAGAAGCUUGCAAAACGAAAGAAUCUCGUAUAAUGAGAACCUCAUAGUAGUUGAUUGUGAAGUGUAGCACAUAAAGUUGUAUUCUCAAUGGUAUAAUUGAUGGUAAGAUGAGUGAGGAGGUGCAGAAUGAUGGAAGCAGGACAAGCGCGUCGCUCGGCGAGUCGGGCGCGCCGGGGGCCGAGUGCGCCACGCUCGACGCCUCCACCAACGUCUCACAGACCACCAUCAGCCAGAUGACAGCGAGCUCCGUGCCGGCGACGGAGGGCGCCAAGUGGUGCUGCGACGUGUGCACCUACGAGAACUUCCCACUCUCACGAAAGCAGUGCACCAUGUGUCGCAGCCCGAAGCCGGUACUCAACGAGGACAUAUUCCGGCUGCAGGACGGCGCCAGCGCUCUGCCCGCACAAGACGUUUGCGGUGCCGAGGCAGUGGCGGAGAGACUGAAACCGCUGCGGAUAUCGUCCCCGCAGGGCGCCAGCGCCUCCUCCGUCGCCAAGUGGCCCUGUCCGACGUGCACGUACGACAACUGGCCGAAGUCCCUGAAGUGCGCGAUGUGCGGCAGCAGCAACCCCGCGCCGGGCGCCGCGCCCGCCGCCUCGCCGCCGCCGCCCGCGCUCGGUAUUAACGAUAUCUGCAAUAGUCAAAACGCUUCGAUCCACGAGCUGGACCCCAACAACAGGCGGUCGAAGCGGCGCAACAACACCGACUGGAUCUGGCUACAGGCUUGUCUCGGCGUGGUGGAGGGCGACGCUCGCUGCGUGGAGGCCUACCUGUCGAGCGGCGGGGACCCGGCGCGCGCGCUCACGCCGGCCGAGGUGGCGCUGCUCAACCGCUCCUCCGCCUUCGACGCCGGACACACGCUCGUGCACCUCGCCAUCAGAUUUCAACGACAAGAGAUUCUAUCGACGCUGUUGUCGCGGAUAUCAGGCGGUGGACCCGGUCUUAAGAGAUCUCCUUCGUACAUAGCGCCGGACCUUGCUUCUGCCAUCCGGCGCCACAUAGCUAGCUGCAUCCGAUACAAGAAAGGCAGUUUUCCUUGUCGCUACAUCAACGAGUUCUGCACCUUCUACCUGCCUGCUGAGAUCGAGGAGCUGCCGGCGCCCAUCCAGGAGCAGCUGUUCUCGGAGCUGCUGGACCGCGAGGCGCAGCAGACGCUGGAGGCCGACCCGCCGCUCAUCAACUGGAGCCUGGAGCUCACCGUGCGCCUGGGCUCGCGCCUGUACGCGCUGUGGAACCGCUCGGCCGGCGACUGCCUGCCCGACGCGCUGUGCCAGGCCGCGUACGGCGUGUCGGACCGCCACAACACGCUGCGCGCCGCGCUGGCCGAGUCGCUGGGCGCGGCCGGGCGCGCCUUCUACGCGCGCUGGGCCGCCUGGGAGCGCGCGCAGGCCGCGCGCCUGCACUACGCGCCCGACGAGGCGCAGCUGCGCGCCGAGUGGGCGCGCCUGCUGGCGGCCGCCGCGCGCCCGGGCGCCGCGCUGCACCAGCUGCACGUGUUCGCGCUGGCGCACGUGCUGCGCCGCCCCGUGCUGGUCUACGGCGUGGACGUCGUCAACUCCUUCCGCGGCGAGGCGCUGGGCUUCGCGCGCUUCCGCGGCCUCUACCUGCCGCUGCUGUGGGAGCCCGAGCAGUGCUGCAAGGCGCCGCUGUGCCUGGCCUACACGCGCGGCCACUUCUCCGCGCUCGUGCCGCUCGACCCCGACAUCUGCCGCGAGCGCGCGGGCGACGCCGCCUUCCUGCCGCUCACGGACGUGGACGGCAAGCUGCUGCCCGUGCACUUCCUGACGUGCGACGAGAUGGCGGACGAGGAGGGCGUGGUCCGGCGCUGGGUGUCGGCGUGCGUGACGGGCGGCGGCGUGCUGGCCGCGCGCCAGGCGCUGCACGCGCGGCCGCUGCUGCAGGCGCAGAUGCUGGAGGAGUGGCUCAACCACUACCGCCGCCUCGCGCAGCAGACGCGCGGCCCGUUCCCGCCGCGGCUGGCGGCGGCGGCGGCGGAGUUCUCCAGCGACCCGGACACGGACGAGGAGUAGCGGCGGCCGCUCCCGCCCCACUCCCGCACACUACGACCUUCCUGCGUACACCAUACUUGCCUCUGCCUCGCUCGUCUCCUACCGCAAUUCUAGGUGCGACGCGAGGCGCGUUCUUCUCCACGAGGUUCUCAUAGCUCGUCUGCCCGCACUGCUAGCCUGCUGCACUACCAUAGCGUCGGGGAGGCUAAAUUCGCGGAGCGCGCGACCUCGGUCCCGCGCUCGGCCAUGACAUUACGUUCGGCGUUCAAAUUCAACGCGUCCCGCUCGUUACGAUCGCGCUGGCAGCCUAUAGUUGAAUUUACUUCUUUUAGUAGCACUUUUUGAAUUGCAGUGAUAUUUUAGUGGUGUUUCAUAAUUUCUCAUUAUUCCGGAUUAGAUCUAUUUUAUUUAUAAUUAUUAAACAUUAAGUUUGUUGUGGAGAGUCGCCGUAAAUGUUACCUCACUGUUAUUGGAAUGUUUUGUAAAAGUCUGACCUCUGAUGGUUAUUGAUUAAAAAUUUAUGCAGAGUGAUAAACAGAUUGCUGUAAUAUGUUAGGUGAGUCGACAAGAGGGAUAGACGUAGUCGACUAGACUGGUGUCCCUUCACGUCCCAGCAGGGCAACCCGCACUGGCGGACUGCUGAAUCAGAGCCGCGUCGACAAUAAAUCUUACCUCUGGUAAUUUGUUGUAGAAGGGACGAUAACAAUACUGUACAUAUUGUUAGGUUUGCAACGUAACAGGAACGACUGAUCCGCAUGAAGGGCAUAGGAGCACACACACUACCACUGAACUCCUCACUCUUCACUCUGAGCAGAGCUCGCCGGUGGAACGUUAACAACACCAGCUUAUAAGAUUUUCUUCAGAAAGCUUUGAAUCUAUUAACAUUAGUCGUAGGUAGUUACUUAGUGUCCUUAACUUUCCAUCGGCUUACAACUACACGUGUGUGUCUUACAACUUAAUUAAAUCAUUAUGUAGUAUUUGAUUGAUAAAUUUACAUAAACAAGUUCCGCGAAGGGCUGUCUGUAUAUAGACUAGAGAUAAAUUAUUCUGAUUGGGAUAUAUAAGCUUGUUUGUAUCCUUCGCCGCGUGAAAUCAUUUCUUGUUUUUCUUUGUUUGAUUAGGUCACCACAUCGCCUACAGUGAUGUGAACACGGAAUAUGUCAGCCUAGACAUAAAAAUAUGCAAAUAAAAGGGAUAAAUAAAGAGUCUAUUAAAAUUAACGACAUUGUACAGAGAGUAUAAGGUUCUAAUAUUUAUAUUAUUAUAGUUUCUCGGUUGUAAAUAAUAAAAAUUGGUUUAAAGUAAUAAGUAUGAUAGAUGUAUAGAUUAUUAUUCUGCUUUGUGCAAACGAAGUAUUCGUUCGCGUUGUCGUUUAGGAAAGAAGAAAUUGCAGUAUGCCGAGUUCAUCCGCGAGAUAGGAGGCUCUGCACGCGGGUGUGGACUUGCUCUGCCUACCAGCCGACACGUUCAGCAAAAGCAAUAUAACUUUUUGAAGAGAUUGUACAAGAUAGCAGUUAAGCCCACAUCGCCUGCAGAGCAGCACAAUAGCCGUUAUGUGAUCCACCAAUGAGCUGUAAUCGUUUUGGACAAGUAGGGGGUCUCAUGCAGACAUUACAAUUUCACUGGUUACCUUGUCUCCGUCAAUUGAAAUAACUGAAUGACGUGGGGUGUUAGAAAGCUUGCAACUAAUAAGACUAUUUGAUCUAAUAGAUUAUUUUUGUUCAUUUUUGCCCAAAAUCUGUAAAUAAGAAUACGUUGAUAGGUACAGGUCAUAGACACUAUUCGAGCUAAUUUUGUUAACAGUCACGUUACAAUUCAUACAAAUUAUGUACCUAUAACUACUAAUUUUUAAUCAAUAAAGCACUUAUUUUAUGAAGCUGUUCGAUA